GGCAGGUUACUGGACACAGGAUCUCCCAGAGCAGGCUGGGAAUCAGUUAUUGGCCAGUUUAGCUGGACAUCAGGGGCUGGCACAUCAGGCUGGGCAGCGGACCGAGGCACAUCAGGCUGGGCAGCGGACCGAGGCACAUCAGGCUGGGCAGCGGACCGAGGCACAUCAGGCUGGGCAGCGGACCGAGGUACAUCAGGCUGGGCAGCGGACCGAGGCACAUCAGGCUGGGCAGCGGACCGAGGCACAUCAGGCUGGGCAGCGGACCGAGGCACAUCAGGCUGGGCAGCAGGCACCGGGCCAUCAGGCGGAGCAGCAGGCACUGGACAGCGGGCACCGAGUCAUCUGGCAGGACAGCGG